AUGAUUAAUAUGCAGCAAUUACUGAUGACCGCGGUCCGGUGCAGCCGGUGGCCAGUGGGCGAUGGCGCACUGGUACGGCGUCGUCCGUCCGGCAGUGUCGCCCACGUGUCGUUGCUGCUAGCGCUGCUGACGGUGUUCGGUGCGGUGGACCACAGCCAAGGCUAUCUGGAUGACCGUCAGCCGGUGUAUCUGGAGGCGAAGAUCGGUUCGUACGUGAUACUGGACUGUCCGGUCGAUUUUCCCCAGGACGAACCCAUACCGUACGUGUUGCACUGGAACAAAGACAACAAACCCGUUUUCACGUUGUACGACGGUGUACUAAACGCUUACGAAACCUUCAUUGGACGGGUGACGCUGCUAAACAACGACAUUCUGUACGGCAAAGCCUCACUCAAUCUCACUUCAAUACGCGAAAGUGACAACGGUUGGUACGAGUGCAAAGUGAUCUUCCCGAACCGUGUGCCGAACAAGCGCAACAAUGGCACCUGGUUUCACAUAUCCGUUCUAGGUGGCACAUUACUGCGCAUUCCACCCGUCAAUCAGACCGUGCUGGAAGGUGAUCCGGCAUUUUUCCACUGUGUCGUGCAGAACGCGGAAACGAUGUUCGUCGAAUGGUACAAGGACAACGUGUCGCUGCUCGAGUACUACGAUCUUUCGCACCGUUCCAUGAUGGGACCGGACGGCAGUCUUACGAUCAAUCCAACACAGAUGAGCGAUCUCGGGUUCUUCACCUGCGAGGUGCGCAACACCGCCAACGAUACACAGUCGGCUAGUGCGUACCUGAACGUACAGUAUAAGGCGAAGGUGGUUUACGCACCGAAGGAGGUAUACAUACCGUUUGGGGAGUCAGCAGUGUUGGACUGUCACUUCCGAUCGAAUCCACCAUUGAAGAAUCUACGAUGGGAAAAGGAUGGCUUCCUGUUUGAUCCAUACAACGUACAGGGUGUAUUUUAUAAUCGCAAUGGUAGCCUCCAGUUUGACAAGGUGGACGACUCACAUGCUGGCCGAUACUCCUGCACACCUUACAACGACCUCGGUACCGAUGGUCCUUCCCCGAUCAUUAGCGUGAUCGUACAGAGGCCACCGUUUUUCACCAUCAAACCAAAGCUCGUGUACGUCACCAAGAUGGGUGGAACGGUCGAGAUGCACUGUGACGCCCGCGAUCGUGACGGUUAUCACGUUCCACAUAUAGCGUGGGUUAAGAAAGAUGGAAGCCUUCUCCCGUACGGUCGGUUUUCCGUUAAUGGGGGAAACCUAACAAUCGAGGACAUUGUGGAGUCAGAUCGUGGAAUCUACGGUUGUCAAGCGACGAAUGAGGCCGCUACGGUGACGGCCGAUGCUGAGAUUAUGAUAGAAAAUGUAUCCCCACGGGCACCGUACAAUCUGACCGGUAACAGUACCGACACGUCGAUCACGAUUCGUUGGGCACCGGGAUACAUUCGCCAGUAUCUGGAGUACAUCAUCUGGUAUCGGUUAGCGGAUGCACCCGAAUGGCGAACGCUGAAGGUAAACAACAAACACAUUCUGGAGGCAACGAUCACAAAUCUUCAGCCUGCGCGGGAGUACGAGUUCAUGGUGCUGUGCCAGGACAACUAUGGCGAUGGAAUGUUUAGCAAAGCGUUCCGUUACUUCACAAAACCGACUGAGUUUGAGCAGCCGGAAAAUGGACUGCAAGACGCCCUGCUACAGUUCAGCCAGAUAGGAUCACCAAGGAAUUUUCACGUGCGCAAAGAGCAGGACCACUUCGUUGCCCGCUGGGAACCGCCGGAGCUGGGAUUGGAUCAGCUUCGUUUCUACAUUCUACGUUGGUGGAUUGAGCCACAGCACAAACUGCACGGAAGUGCGGAAACAUCCGAGACGAACUACAUUCUCGAAACCCUGGACGAGGACGAAAUGUACACGUUCCAGGUGUUUGCUCUAUCGACGACCAACUACACGAGUGGCAGCAACGAGUUUGAAAUCUACGUUUAUCCCUACCGGCGCGUCAAGGUGAUGACGGUCAGUGGCGUACUCAUACUGCUGUUCUGUCUCGCGGUCAUCAGCGCGCUGCUCUACAUGAAGCGGAAUCGGAUUCGGAAGCUGCGCGAAGCGGAGAAUGUGAAAAUAUGA